AUGAGCGAUCAAUCGAUUGGGGCCUAUAAGGCUCUAUGUCGGGAGAUCGAAGUUAAAAAGUCUAUUAAAGCCGUAGCACAAGAUGAAUCUGGAGGGCUUGACAAAUGGGCAACGAGCGAUGAUGAAGUCUGGCAAAGCACCGUCUAUUAUAUGUCUCGCCCACGGUCGUCAGACCCAGAGCCGGGACCUAGUCUUUUAACUGAGCAAUUGGAAGCUGAAAACCAAAUGCUCGCCAAAGAGGUGCUAUUACUGCGCGACCAGGCCACAAAUGCUCAAGAGGAAGUAGAUCGAAAGGAUCGAGAGACCGAACAACUUCGACAGGAAAUACAGAAGUUGACAUCGACAGGAGACUAUUUUCAGUCUUGUUUGCAGAGAAUUUCACAAAAAGUCGAAAACGCAUCAAAUCUACUCGAGUCAUUAAACUGCGAACUGAGAUGCGACAUCUCUGUCAUUCUUAGUUAA